AUGGGUAUAGCUAAAGCAUUUCAUCAAAAGGCCUCAAGUUUGUCAGAAAAGAAGCUCUGGGGCUAUAAGGUAACAAUGCUGGAUUGGGACUUUUGCCGAGCCUUGAUACUAAGCCCUUCAUAUAUUGCGAAUAGAGUGCAUGGCUUAGGAGAGAUAGCCGAGUUAUUUAUCAAUGCGGUUUCUGCCCUCAAACACACAUUUUUAUCAAGAAAGGCAGCUUCGGUGGAACUAAGCUCAGAAGAAGACUCGUACGAUGAUAAGUGUUCUUCUGUACAGCGGAAGCGGCGUUCCUGUAGUUCUUCCGGUCUCGAAUCAGAAAGCAAAAGAUCCAGGUUGCAGGCUUUGGAAGAUCGUAUGGACGCAAUGUUCUCUUCUCUUUCGGCAAAGAUCGACUCUUCAGCCAAUGUAGCAUCCCGUAAGGGGACAAAAAGGAACAUUUCUGACUCCGAUGUUGAUUCCGAAAAUGGUUUACCUCAUGCUAGUGAUUCCGAGGAUUUAAAUUCAUGGUCCGAAGUCGAUCAAUUUCAGUCAUUGCCAAAAACUGAGUUCCGAAGGGUGGAACAAUAUUAA